CUAUUUUAAGGCAAAAAUUACAAAAUAUGUUAUGUAAUUCAUAACAUAAUGACAGGGUCCAGGGAUUAGGAUGCAGACAUCUCUCAGGGCCAUUCUGCCUAUUACAGCUCCCUCGAGGUCUUGGUGCUCAACCCCACUAAACACAAGUGGGGACAGUGAGGCCCAGAAAGCCAGCUUCAGGCUGUUUACCCAAAGUCUCCCAACCAGCAUGUUGUGAAGCUAGGAACAAAUGCCAGAUCUAAUUGCAAUAUUUUGCCGUCCAUUACCAGAUUACACACGCUAGUAACACCGGGAUCUGCCCGGAGCUCUAUCAGGUCUACAAUGCACUUUCGAGCCCGUUUUCUCACUUUAUCCUCUCAAAAUCCCGGACAGGUAUUCAGAAGUGGAAUUACUGGGUCUCCUUGAUCCACCAGAACACUGAGUCCCAAACUGCAGCACUUGUGCAAGCAGGAUCUCCCCAGUCUUUCCCGUUAGAGUGUCUACAACAUAAACCUACCCACUUAUCCCUUCCAGACAGCACAUGUCAGGGUAAAGUAAAAUGUCUCGAGGCCUUGCUGGGAGGCAGGCCCUGGGAGGGACGUGGGGACCCAGGGAGGCGAGGAACUGUUGUCUCGUGGCCCUAGAUCACGGUGUUUGGUGUAACUGCAUUUCUGGUAAAAGCCACUUUUGCAACUCUGUGUUAAAACCCAUGCCCUGAAAACUUGGUAGGCAUGCCGGCCUCCGCCUGAAGUACCCCUGAACACUGGCAAAAAGGUGAGCCAACGGGAAGGACGAGGAGCGUAGACAACUGCGCAUGCGCGACCCCCGAAACCCGGCACGAGACCCGCAGGGGCGCGCGCGCGCGCGCUCCAGCUUGAGGUUUUUCCACCGGGGGCGUGAACGUAAAGGGGUCCCGGUCUGUCGUGAAACGGGCAGCAAAGAAGCAGAGCGCUGGUUGACGGCUAGGGGGCCAUCUUGGACGUGGCUUUCACAAUUUUCAGGCGAAAAGUUUUGGAAAGUAAAGUUUUAUUAAAAAGUGGACAAAACUCAAGAACUGUUGCUCGUCACGGUGGCCCUUCCGCCGCGCUCGGCGCUCGCUGCCGGCCGGCCGGCCUCUCGGGCGCGCUGACCGGGCCGCGGGGCGGUGGCGGCGGCGGCGCGAUGCGGCCCGUGGACGCGGACGACGGCCGGGAGCCCGAGCGGGAGUGGGAGACGCUCCCGAGGCCCCCGCUCGACGCCGCCCGCCGGGACGCCGCCGCCCUCGAGCGCGAGCACGUGCGCGCGCACCUGCGGGCCCGCCGGAAGCUGCUGGAGAUCGAGAGCCUGCUGGACGCCCUCAAGAGCGAGGUGGAGGCGUCGCAGGAGAGCGCCGUGGGCGCCGGGGCGGAGGAGAGGGUGAUGAGGCUGUGCGAGAAGGUGGAGAGGAAGGCGGCGGAGGCGGCGCUGAUGGGGCAGAGGCUCGUGGAGCUCCACCGGCAGAUCGACGGCUGCGGGUGCGGCUGAAGGACGGGGCCGGUGAGGCUCGGUCGGCGAGGGGUCGCGGGGAGCUGGCCUGCUGCGGAGUCGUGUGUAGUGCCCUGCGUCCAAGUGCAUCGACUCUGGGCGGUGGGAGGCGGCUGGGGGAUGAGGGGACAAGACAGCGCUAAGCCUUUAGGUUAGACGACGUGUUUUAAACGUUGGUGAUUGGAAGACGGUAGUUUGUUAUGUGGUAAAAGCGUAAAGAUCACUUAUGGGAAAAUAUUUGCAGAAUGUGGACCAGCUCAGUCACUAGAGUGAAACUCUAGGCCGUCAGGCCAAAAAAAGGAAGAGGGUGUGCUUUAGAGAAGUGUUGAAGCAGAAGUACAGGAUGGAAACGUGUAAAUGCUGUGAUGAGAUUGGAGCGUUUCAGACGUCCUUACGGCAGGGGGUGCCAUUUGCACGGGUGGUUGGGUCUAUUUGUUUGACCCCAGGACAUGAGUGUCAUAGAAUUUACUUUAAGAUGAUGAAUUUCCCCCACUUUACCCCAGGUUACCCACUCAUGGACUCCAUUCAGCUGGUAAGGAGGACUGACUGCUUGGAGAGGCUGAAACCGAGAGAGCUUGUCGUUUUCUCUCCCGUGUUUUUCUGUCUACGUUUUCGCCAUGUGAAACACUGAAUCUCCAGUACUAUUCUGGUAGAUGAUUUUACUAUUGUUCUCAAUCUGGAUUUCGGUUACUAGGUGCGUUCAGUUUGGGAAAGACAGCUUUUAAUUAGAUAUUCUCACAUAAAGGAAUAGGGCCUAGAUUGUAAACCGUUGUGUAGCCGUAUUUGUUACUGUCACUUAAUUGUAUUUUUAAAAUUUGGAAGUAUAUUGUUGUGCUUUGCUCUUUUUUUAUUCUUACUGGAAUUUGGGGACCCAUGAGAGACUUGAGGUCAGAGUUCUGCAGGAGAGAAGACACUACUUGGCUGCAGCUGCUGUCGCAAGAACCCAGACCCCAUCCAGGGGGCAGAUGCCACUACUUUGGAUGAGGUUGAGAAGGCCCAAGGGACCGCUGGGCAUGGAGGGUGGAGGGUGUAUGCAUUCUGGGGUUUUGCAGUCUGUCAGAUCUGAGGAGGAGAGCUGUGUUCUUCUGGCUUUCUUUGUUUCUUUUUUUCAGAAAUGUAGUUUUUCUGUGGCAUGUUAACUGGUGCACAUCAUGUAACCUGUCUGGUGAGUAACUAGGACAAGGGAUGAGUUCUAGGUGCUACAUGUAUUUGCUGACUUGGGGUAAACUGUUUAAAUGUAAUACAGUAAAGCACUUCAGGAGCUUCUCUGGCAAAAUGUGCACGACCCCUGCAAGGGUCUGGGGGGUUGGGGAGGACAGCGUGGAGCUGGCCACUGUGGGCCCCAAAGUGAUAGCACGAGGCACCUUCAGAUGAUGCUCGCCUUUGUCACCAGAGCAGACCUCAUAGGGACUGGGAUCAGAAUCUAACUUGUUAUGAUGAAAUUCAUUUGCCUGGAAAAACCAAUGCUGAAAGCCAGUUUUUAAAAUGUGCAAAUGACGGAAGCCAUUGACUUGGCCAGGAAAAGGUGAGAUAAAUAAACUUUUUUCAGAAUAAAAA